AUGUCCGGCAAUACGUGCCAAACGCAUGCAUCCAGGUCUUUCUCGGAACCCCAUAUACGUUUAAUCGCGAAACUCUACAGACACCCGGAUCUGGCGAACCGAGUUCGUGUUUUGAUAUAUGAUCGGAACAACCACUGCAAUCAAUACGGGACCGAAUACUUGACCGAGGAUCUUUUCGAUGGAGCGUGGAAUGCUUGGGCGCACUCAGCACUAGGCCAGAAUCUGAUUGACGAAGCUUCGGGCCAAGGGGCGCAGGAUCUGAAUACGUGGAAGAUACACCUUCGAGCAUUCUGCGCACAGGCAUGGAUAGCCUUGUUACUCCCUCGUUUGACCUACAUCAACCGCUUGGAGCUGUAUGUUGAGGGUGGAGAUUUCUUCCAAGUCAUUUUCACCAGAGCAGCUGAGGGUCGGAGACCAUUUGGCGAACCCCCUCCAUACCGAUUCCUGCGAGAGGUUUGUGUCCACAAUAAUGAGCCUGGCGUUGUGAUCUGGUCAGACUUCAUGAGCCCAUUCUUUUGUCUUCCGGCAGUUCGCGAAAUCGAGGUAGAUUUCUUAUUGGACGCCGAUAAUCCACUUGGAGGCCAGCUACCCCUGGACGUCUCUACAAUGAACAGACCACCGUGUGCAGUUACCCGGAUUAAGGUAUACAAUGGGAUCAUAUUCAAUGGUCUGGUCGAAUGGAUUGCUACAUGUACCCAACUGGAGCACUUCGAAGUUCAUUUCAACUUCUUGAACAAAGAUCAAAGCUACGUGUUUGAUCACCGAGUUUUUCGGACCGCUCUCCUCCAAGCAAAAGAUACUCUUUUAUCGAUUUACCUGUGCUUUGAUGAGACAUAUCAUGGGACGUGCACUCAACGUAUACCCUGGCCCUUGAAUGAUGAUAUGUCCAUCCUGGAAGACACGGCUUUCGGCUCGUUCAAAGAAUUCGAUGUGCUUCAGCAUCUCUCCAUGCGCCAUCGAAACCUCGUGGACCCACCCGGUUUCGUUGAUGAUGACGAUACACCUCCACAGUACCUUGACGACCUACUUCCAAAAUCACUCAAGACCCUUGAGGUCUUUGAUAUUGAUGAGGCUGACUUCCCCAGCCUGGAAGAGGAGCUUUUGCACCUGAUCAGCAACCGGGAGUCGGCUGUGCCCGAACUUGAAAAAAUCACUCUCAACCUCGACGACGAAUCUGAGGAUUUCGACGACGCAUUUAUAGUUCUUGGAGAAGCCUGUCGAGAGGCAGGGGUUUGGUUGAUUCUCGAGUAGAAUAGCAACAUCGCACCCGGAACGUUGGAUGGUUUCUGGAGGGUUUGAUAUUAGGCUAAUGUAUUCAUCACAGAGUUGUUCCAGAAAAGGACGAUACUCUUACAUUGAAUAGACAGAAACUGGAAUUAUUGGGUAUUAUUAUCUUUAAAGGUCUUUCUUCCUAUUUUUAUCGUCUGGUUUACCCAAAGAGAAUCUAAAAUUCUU